AUGUCUGUUUUGCAGGUACAUGACCCAUGGAUUAUUCAGAAAUGCAUUGUACAACAAAAUUCCAAUGAGUUCUUGUAUGGACAUGAAUUUGAUGGCUUCAUGUUGGAUAAAAAAGGGCUGCUAUGCAGUGAUCCUAUCAAUCACAGAAUAGCACUAUGUUCAGACUGCUACAAUUCCCUAAAGAAACCAGCUAUGCCCAGAUAUGCACUGGCAAAUAAUCUAUAUAGAGGUCAUCUUCCUACUGAAUUUUGUGACCUUACAUGGGUUGAAGAGAUGGCAUGUGCUAUUUAUCAUAUCACUGCCCAUGUAACCUGUUUGUAUGGAUUUUCAGAACCUGGACAGCCAAAGAUUUUUCAUGGAAACACCAUAACACGUGAUAUGAAUGUCAUAUCAACAACAACAGUGCUUCCUAGAACUCCUGCAGACAUCACUGGGUAUCUCUCAGUUGUAUCUAUUGGACCUCAUAAAAUCAAAGCCAGUGACCUGGGCAAUACAUUCAGAGUGCGAAAAGCCAAAAUAUGGCAUUUUCUUCUUUGGUUGAAGCACCAUAACAGAUUAUAUGAGCAGAUCCUGUUGGAUCAGAGUAACAUAGAUCAAUUUCCAGAUGAUGGUGUUCUUCCUGGUGUUGAUGCUCAAUUCAUCCAAGACAUUCACCAAAAAAGUGAUGAAAUCUUCCAAGAAGAAACAGCAGGUUUUACAGAACAUCCUGCAGAGGCUUUUAUGCAUGACAACUCUAAACAUGCAGAUGAUCAACCAACUGUACUGCUGGAACACACAGGUGUAUCUGACCCAGAAGGAGACAGCAUUAGUAUACAGUAG